AUGGCCUUAGAACAGCUUUUCCAAGACCAAAUAGCAGAAACUACCUUUGAUCAACGCAAUAUUUCCUUCAAAAAAUGUAAGACAAUUGAUCUUGAUAAACUUGAAGAAAAUUCACCAGGAGGUUUCGAGUGCAACAUUUGCCUGGAUGUUGUACAUGAUCCUGUUGUUACAUUAUGUGGUCACCUCUAUUGUUGGCCUUGCAUCUACAAAUGGAUACAUUUUAAGACCAUUUCAUCAGAGAACAUCGAUAACCAACAGCCAAAUUGCCCUGUUUGCAAAGCUGAAGUCUCACAAAAAACAUUGAUUCCACUCUAUGCUCGCAGUCAAGCUACAAAAACAUCUGAAAAUAAGGCCUUGAAUUUUGGUAUAGUCAUACCACAAAGACCUCCUAGUCCGAGAUGUAGGAGUCACGGACUAAUAGGAACUACUGAUUCAAUUCCAUCACAACAACUUCACCAUCGAAAUCAUUCACUACAGUCUCCAAUAUAUCAACCUUAUAUGACCGAACCUAUGCUAAGCCCCGGUGGCAUGUCAAUAGGGGAAAUUGUUUAUGCACGAAUGUUUGGGAACUCAUCAACUACUAAUUUGUAUACAUAUCCAAGUUCAACUCAUCAACUAUCACACGCGGAUCGAUCACUUAGCAGAGUCUGUUUUUUCCUAUGUUGUUGUUUAGUGACAUGUCUUCUAUUGUUCUAA